AUGAAGUAUAAGGAUGACAAGUACGAGAAAGCUGAGAGAGGUUCAACAAAGAUCUUGCCCAAGACAGUUUUACUGAUUCUCCUAUGUGGGCUUUCAUUCUAUCUUGGUGGACUUUUUUGUGGGAACAACAAAUUCCAAGUUAAUGAUGUCGCAAAAUCUGGAGCUUCCUUAGAUGUUGAUAACUCUCCUCAAGCCAACUCUGUUUCUUUCCCGGAGUGUAGCAGUGACUACCAAGAUUACACUCCCUGCACCGAUCCAAGGAAAUGGAAGAAGUAUGGUACUCACAGGCUUACAUUCAUGGAACGUCAUUGUCCUCCUGUGUUUGACAGAAAGCAAUGUCUGGUCCCUCCUCCUAAUGGGUAUAAGUCACCUAUAAGAUGGCCUAAGAGCAAAAACGAAUGUUGGUACAGGAAUGUGCCAUAUGAUUGGAUCAACAAGCAGAAAUCUAACCAGCAUUGGCUAAAGAAAGAGGGUGAAAAGUUCAUUUUCCCUGGCGGAGGUACAAUGUUUCCAAAUGGAGUUAGUGCUUAUGUCGAUUUGAUGCAAGAUUUGAUCCCUGAGAUGAAAGAUGGCACUAUACGCACUGCCAUUGACACUGGUUGUGGGGUUGCAAGCUGGGGAGGAGACUUGUUGGACCGUGGUAUCCUCACGGUGUCACUGGCCCCAAGAGAUAACCACGAAGCUCAAGUCCAGUUUGCUCUAGAACGUGGAAUUCCAGCUAUUCUUGGAAUCAUAUCAACUCAACGUCUCCCUUUCCCUUCAAACUCAUUCGAUAUGGCUCAUUGCUCUAGAUGCCUUAUUCCAUGGACAGAGUUUGGUGGGGUCUAUCUUCUUGAGAUUCACCGUAUCCUAAGACCUGGUGGCUUCUGGGUCUUGUCUGGUCCACCAGUCAACUAUGAGAACCGUUGGAAAGGUUGGGACACAACAGUUGAAGAGCAGAGAUCAAACUACGAGAAGCUGCAAGAUCUUUUAUCCUCAAUGUGUUUCAAACUGUAUGCCAAGAAAGACGAUAUAGCAGUGUGGCAAAAGUCUCCAGACAAUACGUGUUACAACAAAUUGUCUAACGACCCUGAUGCAUACCCGCCCAAAUGUGACGACAGCCUCGAGGCGGACUCUGCUUGGUACACGCCGUUAAGACCUUGUGUUGUGGUUCCAAGUCCUAAGCUUAAGAAGACAGAUUUGGAAUCUACUCCUAAAUGGCCAGAGAGAUUGCACUCAACUCCUGAGAGAGUCUCUGAUGUUCCCGGAGGAAACGGUGGCUUGUUUAAGAGGGAUAGUAGCAAGUGGAAGACUAGGGCUAAGCAUUAUAAGAAACUGUUGCCUGCUAUUGGGUCUGAUAAGAUAAGGAAUGUGAUGGAUAUGAACACUGGUUAUGGUGGUUUAGCUUCUGCUUUGGUUGAUGAUCCUUUGUGGGUCAUGAACGUUGUCUCUUCAUAUGCAGCUAAUACACUUCCUGUUGUGUUUGAUCGUGGAUUGAUUGGAACGUAUCAUGACUGGUGUGAAGCUUUUUCGACCUAUCCAAGAACCUAUGAUCUUCUUCAUGUUGAUGGUCUUUUUACAUCAGAGAGCCAAAGGUGUGAGAUGAAAUAUGUUAUGCUGGAAAUGGAUCGGAUCUUGCGUCCUAAUGGGUAUGCCAUUAUACGCGAAUCGAGCUAUUUUGCGGAUACUAUUGCAUCGGUUGCUAAAGGGCUGAGAUGGAGUUGCCGUAAGGAACAAACAGAGUCUGAAUCAGAGAAUGAGAAGCUAUUGAUUUGCCAGAAGAAGCUGUGGUAUUCAUCUGAAACAAAAUAGUUAAAUAGAACAGAGGCACAAAUCCAAAGCUUAAGCUUAAAGCUUUUGUUUUGUCCGGAGGUUUCUUGAGAACAAAGUCAUUACAACAAGCAUUACGUUGUCUUGCUUCAAAGCCAAGAAAGCUGCUUAAAGCUAGCUACCAAUUCAUUUUUAUUAUCCCAGCCUAUUUAUUAACUUUUAUUUUUUUCUUAUAUUAUAUGCUCGGUGAGAAAUAUAUUAUCGAUUUUUGUUUACAUUGUAAGUUUAAUUUUUAUUUUAAAUGGACAAGGUCGAGAUUUCCUCAAUGUUAGGUAUAUUGAUUUGAGAUCUAGUUGUAUUGUUUUACACGUUAAGACGUUGGUGGUCCACUAAUUCAUUAUAAACAUUUGUCCUCC